AUGGCGCCUCUCCUCGAAGAUCCUCGAUACCGACAGACCUGGAACCAAUUCUCCCAGAAUGCCGAAUCUGCAACUGAGACUGCAGCUGCUGGCAUCUGGACCUUUCAACAUAGAUACAUAAACCCCUGCUUCUCUUCAAUCGCAUCCAGCUUCGAACAAUGCACAGCGCCAUGUUUCCCAGAUCGCGAAGAACGCGCGCGGCGCAUACGAGAGAGAGGACGGACGAGGGGAAGAGCAGAAUUGAGUUUUGACUUCUAUGAUGAUUGGGAUGAAGACGAUGGUGGUGGAAGUGGAGGACCUCUAGGAGGAGGCUGGGGGAAUGAUGAGCUGGAUAGACUAUUGGCAGGGAGUGGAUCACACAGCGGACCAGGUACAGGAGUCAAUCAAGCACCCAAGAGGAAGAGGGGGAUGAGUUACGGUACGCGGGGUAGACGAAAGAGUCUUGAGCCGGACCCGACCGUUAUACCGAGUACGAGUGCACUGGGAUUUUUAGGACGACUGCCAUUUAAAUUGGGUGGGACGUUAAGAUAUAAACCAAGUGCAGCAGAUUUGCAAGAUCAUCCAGGAGCACAACGGUCCGAAUAUCAUGAUGAGGAGGGAGAGCCGCUCAUACCGGACGAUCAAAGCGACGAUGGAGGAUUCAAACGGAAAGGCCAUAAUAGAAAUCGGAGCUCCACUGCGAGUUCUGGUGAAACAACAGAUUCGAUGCGAUCGCGUGGUGAUCUCUUCCCCAGUGAUGGAGAAGAUGAUGCGGUACCUCUAAGCGACGAAUUUGCUAUGGUGUUGGAGAGGAGAAUGACCAAUACAACUAACGACGAUAGGAGUAGUGGGAAGACAAAAUCCGGGAAAGGAAAGAGGCCAUCUGGGUCUAGGACUGUGUCAAGAACGCUAUCUCGGACCACUCAGUCAUCACAGUCGAGACCUUCGAUACAUCGCGCCAGUUCUGCUUCACUACCACAAACUCCGGACGUACAAAGUCCAGGCAUGGUGGAGACGCCAUCAUUGACAGACUUGCAACACGAGGAAGAGAGGGUACGGCACGAAGAAGAAAUGGAUGUUGAAAGGAAACGACAAGCCGCUGUAAAGCUGGCUGUUGAGCGUGGGCUUCAUGCCGAAGAACCUGAAUCCAUCUCAGAGACCAAGAUGGAAUCUACUCAAGUGGAGAACAUACCAACAUCAGAUGAUGUUGUUGUUGAGAACGUGGUAACACCAAGUACAGAGGCUCUGCCAGAGGGCGCUCGUUCUGCUUCGGGAAAUGCUGGAGACAAUCAGGAAGACUUCAUACCUGCCAGGUUACCCCACUUCAGCUGA